AUGUGGAGAUCCGUAGCGAAUUGCUUGGCGGUGGCAACUAAUAUGAGCAAGAAGCGGCUAACAAAGUGUAAACAGUGUCCUCGAUGCGGAGCAAAAGAAGAAGAUGCUAAUCAUGUGCUGUUUGUGUGCCCUUAUGCCAGCUCUUUAUCUACGAGUACCACGGGAAAGAAGGGAAACUAUCAAAGAGAAUGCAUGCUGGACCCUGGAUCUUAUGGAGAAUAUGGAAGUCACAUAAUGACUUCUGCCUCAAAGGCAAGAACCUACCGGCUGAAAAAGUUGCAGAACAAGCCCUCCAAGAUUCAAGAGAGUGGCUGGAGCAUCAAGAGACGACUCAUAAACCCGUCGCAGCAGCAAGUGGACCACCCUCUAAAUGGAUACCGCCUAACCAAGGCGCUUUUAAAUGUUAUGUCGAUGCAUCCUGGAAGGCAGGCUGUAGCAGCGGCUCUAGUUUGGGCCAUGGCUGUUGUCGACAAUCUUGGUUUUAGUGAGAGUUACAUUGGAGAAAUCAGAGGCACCCAAAGAUUCUUGAAGCCCACCUUCAAGUUCUGCCGCCGAGAAGCAAACGAGGCAGCGGAUCCCUUAGCCAAAAGCUCUCUCUCUAAUCCUAUGUACUUGGCUUUUCUUGAUUGUAGUAUCCAUGCAUGGCUUAGUCGAUUGCUUGACAAAGAGAAACAAUGUAUAACUCUCUAG